UGUUGGUUGUGUGGAUCGUAGCUAUAUUCCUUUUGUGCCAACAUGGCAAUGCUGAAAAAAUGCCAAACUAUCUAUGCGUGCCUCCAUAUGAGGACAUUGAUGGUGGCUGCAGGAUCUCUACUACCAGAAAACCGAUAAUAUUGCCAUGUAUGGGGCUCACGACCCCGCAACCCGGUGGUAUUAUUGGCAACAACCAAUGGAAUGAAACUAAAAGUUCGAAUUCUACAGAAUCUUCUUUUACAGAAACGAAUCAAACAAAAACUAACGUUUUUAAUUCGUCGUAUAUAUCGUAUAUAAGCUUAUCUUUUCAAACAAAAGUGGAAUCAAUUUUGUUAGCCGAACAACAUAAAUUAAAAUACUUAUUAUUCAGAUUUGUCUAUCAGAUACCCGGAAUACCUUCGAAAUCUGGAAGCUUUUCGAUAGUACAAAUUUUACCAAGUGAAUUCCAGAGUGGUCAAAUUAAUCCACCCGGAAACUCCCAAAAUCCUUCAACGGAUCAAUUAAUACCAUCAAAAAUAUUGCUAGACAUCAAAAAUUUUAUUGCAACUCUGCUGCCUGCUCCCCUUCAAUUAUUUCUCCCGGACAAAUAUAAAAAUGUUCUAACGGAAGGCUUACCUGGCCAGCCCGAAAUGUCCAGAAUUCCCAAAUCUUAUAUACCAAUACCCGAACUUCCCGGAUUGUAUUGGAAUCCAAUAAUCGAACGAGUCCGAGUGACUGAUCAAACAAAACCCCCAACGGCUGAAAUAGUUGAAAUUCCGUUAAUGAAAAUAUCAAUACUUGAGAUACGCGGAUACUAUUGGAUACUGAAACUUGCAUUGGAAACCGUAGCUGGUCAAAAACCUGGAGCAUCCGGAAAUACGGAGGUAACAAAACCACCUCCCACAUCGCCGCCCAAAAAAACUAAAAUUCCUCUGUUGAAUUAUAUAAGACUAGAAAUACCAGGAAUUAAAUGGAUACCGAUCGUUGAACCUUCAAAUAAUUCGACUGGUUCAAACGUACCAAGAGAAAGUGGAAUUUAUUGGAUUCCAAUCGUUGUCCCAUCGGCAGGGUUGACUGGACAACAACAACCAUCUCAAAUUGAAUUGCCCGGUAAAUAUGCUAUUCCUCUAUUGGAUCAAUCAAUAAAAGAAAUAUCCGGAAUUCAAUGGAUACCGAUCGUUGUACCACCACAAAAUUCGCCUGAUCGAUUCGGACCAAGUGGAAUUAUAAAUCCAUUAACACCACAAACGCCUGGAACUUAUUGGGUACCGAUCAUUGUUGUAAAGCCUGGGUUGACAAGCCAACCAAACAUACCGUACAUUUCAUUUUCCUUGAAAACUGGAGUUUCUUGGAUGAGUCAAUCUACACCGAAAAGACCUGGAAUUUAUUGGAUACCCAUCACCAUACCAACGUCUUCCGGAAUAUCCGGAGUUUAUUGGAUACCGAUCAUUGUUGCACUAAUAGGGUGGGAUGGUCGACCAAUCCUACCCGCCAUUUCAUUGCCUUCACCCAAUAUUCCUGCGAAGAAUCAAUGGACACCGGAAAAUUUCGGAUUUUACCGGUUACCGUUUAUUGUUCCACCUAACGUUGCUUCUCCCAGCGUACCCACAAUUUAUUGGCUAAAUAUACUACCGGGAGGCGUGAUUGAUCUACCAAGUUUACCCAAAAUACCCGAAGUUUCUCACGUCAACAAAACAAUACCCCCGGUACCUGCACCGGGGACCAUAAAUCCACCGCCAAGUUCUGGUAGACCUGAAAUUCCUUCACCCGGAGUUACUUAUCCACCGGGCGUGACUGAAGGACCAAUUCUACCGAAUGUUACUUCACCCGGUAAAACUGGAGUCCCUCUGAUAAAUCAUUUAAUCCCAGAAAUACCCGGAAUUAAAUGGCUACCGCUCGUUGACCUAUUGUAUAAUUCUUCAAAUGUACCAAGAAAGAUUGGAAUUUAUUGGAUACCAUCGGGAGUGUUGGCUGGGCAAGAACAACCAAGUAUUAUUGAUUUGACCCAAAUAAACGCAAUUCCUCUAGUGGAUCAAUCAGUAAAAAAAAUAUCCGGAAUUCAAUGGAUACCGAUCGUUUUUCCUGGUCAAUCCGGAACAAAUGGAUUUCCUUCGACAAAUAAUUUAACACCACAAACGCCUGGAACUUAUUGGUUUCCGAUCAUUGUUCUGGAGAGAGGGUCGACUAGCCAACCAAACCUACCUUACAUUUCAUUGUCCUUCACAAGUGGGACUGCCAGGUUGAGUGACUCUUCACCGAAUACACCCGGAAUUUAUUGGAUACCCAUCAUCGCACCAACGUCUUCCGGAAUCGCCGGAAUUUAUUGGAUACCGAUCAUUGUUGCACUGAGAGGUUUGGAUGGUCAACUAAUCCUGCCUGACAUUUCAUUGCCUGUAUCACCCGAUAUUUCUGGGGGGAAUCAGUGGACACCGGAAAUACCCGGAUCUUAUCAGGUACCGUUUGUCGUUCCACCAUCCGACUUCUCUCGCCAGAUACCCACAGUUCGUUGGCUAAAUAUACUACCGGGAGGUGUGAUUCAUCUACCAGAUCUACCUAAUCUUCCUUCAGCCAAAAUACCCGGUAUUCCUCCGUUCAAUAUAACAAUACCCGAUGGACCCGGUAUUCCUGCACCACCUCCUAGUCCUACUGGACCAGAAGUUCCUACACCACCGGGAGGCGUAGUUAAUCCUCCAAUACCACCUACUAUUUCUCCAUCCGAAAAAAUUUUAGUUCCUCUUUUGAAUUAUUCAAAACCAGAAAUACCCGGAAUUAAAUGGAUACCACUCGUUAAUUCGACAGAUCAAUCCGUACCAACAAAAAUGGGAAUUUAUUGGAUACCAACCCUUGUACCAUUGGGAGGGUUGACUGGACAACAGCAACCAUCUCAAAUUCAUUUGCCCGGUAAAAUCGCAAUUCCUCUAGUGAAUCAAUCAGUUAAAAAAAUAUCCGGAAUUCAAUGGAUACCCCUUGUGCCAACACGAAACUCGGCUGAUCAAUUCGGACCAAAUAGAAUUAUAAAUCCAAUAACACCACAAACGCCUGGAACUUAUUGGGUACCGAUCAUUGUUGUACAGAGUGGCUUGACUAGCCAACCAAACAUACCUUACAUUUCAUUGUCCUUGACAAGUGGAGUUUCUUGGAUGAGUCAAUCUGCUCCGAAUAAAGCCGGAAUUUAUUGGAUACCCAUCAUCGCACCGACGUCUUCCGGAAUCGCCGGAACUUAUUGGAUUCCGAUUAUUGUUGCACUGAGAGGGUUGGAUGGUCAACUAAUCCUUCCUGACAUUUCAUUGCCUGUAUCACUCGAUAUUUCUGGGGGGAAUCAGUGGACACCAGAAAAACCCGGACUUUACCGGUUCCCGUUUAUUGUUCCACCUAAUUUUGCUUCCCCCAGCGUACCCACAAUUUAUUGGCUAAAUAUACUACCGGGAGGCGUGAUUGAUCUACCAAGUUUACCCAAAAUACCCGAAGUUCCUCACGUCAACAUAACAAAACCCCCGGUACCUGCACCGGGGACCAUAAAUCCACCGCCAAGUUCUGGUAGACCUGAAAUUCCUUCACCCGGAGUUACUUAUCCACCGGGCGUGACUGAAGGACCAAUUCUACCGAAUGUUACUUCACCCGGUAAAACUGGAGUCCCUCUGAUAAAUCAUUUAAUCCCAGAAAUACCCGGAAUUAAAUGGCUACCGCUCGUUGACCUAUUGUAUAAUUCUUCAAAUGUACCAAGAAAGAUUGGAAUUUAUUGGAUACCAUCGGGAGUGUUGGCUGGGCAAGAACAACCAAGUAUUAUUGAUUUGACCCAAAUAAACGCAAUUCCUCUAGUGGAUCAAUCAGUAAAAAAAAUAUCCGGAAUUCAAUGGAUACCGAUCGUUUUUCCUGGUCAAUCCGGAACAAAUGGAUUUCCUUCGACAAAUAAUUUAACACCACAAACGCCUGGAACUUAUUGGUUUCCGAUCAUUGUUCUGGAGAAAGGGGCGACUAGCCAACCAAACCUACCUUACAUUUCAUUGUCCUUCACAAGUGGGACUGCCAGGUUGAGUGACUCUUCACCGAAUACACCCGGAAUUUAUUGGAUACCCAUCAUCGCACCAACGUCUUCCGGAAUCGCCGGAAUUUAUUGGAUACCGAUCAUUGUUGCACUGAGAGGGUUGGAUGGUCAACUAAUCCUGCCUGACAUUUCAUUGCCUUCACUCGAUAUUUCUGGGGGGAAUCAGUGGACACCAGAAAAACCCGGACUUUACAGGUUCCCGUUUAUUGUUCCACCUAACUUUGCUUCCCCCAGCGUACCCACAAUUUAUUGGCUAAAUAUACAACCGGAUGGCGUGAUUAAUCUGCCAACUAUACCCAAUAUUCUACCACCCAAAAUACCCGAAGUUCCUCACUUCAACAUAACAAUACCCCCAAUUACUUUACCUUUACUACCUAAUAUUACUGUACCCGAAGUACCCAUAGUUCCACAGUUGAAUAUUACCAUACCCCCGGCACCCGUUAUUCCUCCAAUAAAACUACCUAAAGUUCCUGACGCAGAAUCAUUGAUUAAGGAUAUUUUAAAUGGAAUUAAUCUCGGGGGACCCAGAGUUCCACAGUUGAAUAUUACCAUACCCCCGGCACCCGUUAUUCCUCCAAUAAAACUACCCCAAGGUCCACCACCUCCACCAAAACCACCCAAAGUUCCUGACGCAGAUACAUUGAUUAAGGAAAUAUUGGGUGGCAUUAAUCUCGGGGAUUUAACUCCACCAAGAAUUCAAGUAUGCAUUGUUGCUCUUUUUGUAAAAUGCGCCUAUUAUGUUGAAAGUGUUUUUUUUCAGUUACCUGGGAUAAAGGCACCCGUUAUUCCUCCAAUAAAACUACCCCAAGGUCCACCACCUCCACCAAAAGCACCAAAACCACCUAAAGUUCCUGACGCAGAUACAUUGAUUAAGGAAAUUUUGGGUGGCAUUAAUCUCGGGGAUUUAACUCCACCAAGAAUUCAAUUUCCUGGGAUAAAGGUUCCCAAAAUAACUAACCCAAAAAUACCAAAUCCAAAAGUUCCCAAAAUAUCCUAUCCAAAAAAUCCGAAGAUCUUCAGGACAGAAGACUUUUAUACCAAAGAAUUUAAUGUAAACGACUAUUUACAUUUGCUUGAUACUUAACAACCAACAUUUCAUUUCAAACAAAAAAUAUUGAGUUUUCCCCAACACUCCGCGGAUUCAAAAAGAUAUUGGAAUAAAUCGACAUAUAAAAAUUUCCUAUCUUCAAAAACACCAAGCGGAUGUCCUAAAUAUCUCCAGAGAAAACUUAAAUGAAUAAAUAAAUGUAGGGGAAAAAUAAA